UGAAAGGGAGUGAGCGGAGAGGAGGCGGCCGCGGGGAGCGGACCGAGCUGCCCGAGCCAGCGGCUGCCGGGCGGGCGAGGCGCCCGGGUCAUGGCGCGGCGGGACGGCGGCGGCCGGGCUUUGCCCCGCCUGCUGCUCUGGCUGGCGCUGUGGGGGCUGCGGGGCGGCAGCGGGGCCGGCGCUCUGCUCGCCGGCGGGGCGGCCCUGCCCUUCGCCGCGGGCCCGCCGGCGGCCUGCAGCCCGCGCUGUCAGCACGGCGGGCUCUGCCUGGCCAACGGCACCUGCCUCUGCUCCAAGGGCUACGAGGGCGAGCGCUGCCAGCACGCCACAUGUUAUCCAAAAUGCAAAAAUGGUGGGGAGUGCCUCAGACCUGGAAAAUGCAGAUGCCCACCUGGCUAUGGGGGUAGAUACUGUCAUAAAGUAAGCUGUGAAGGAGGCUGUCAAAAUGGUGGCGAAUGCAUCUCUGUCAAUGGAGUUGUGAAGUGCCUUUGUGCUUCUGGCUGGACAGGAUCAAGAUGCCAAGAAGCAAUUUGUCCUCAAGGUUGUCGGAAUAAUGGAGCUUGUGUGGCUCCUGGGAUUUGUAGCUGUCCAGCUGGAUGGGUUGGUGGAGCAUGUCACUUAGCUGUAUGUAAACUACCUUGUCAACAUGGAGGAAAAUGCAUAGCUCCAAACGUGUGCAGAUGUCGACUGCCGUACUCUGGCCUGCAGUGUACAAAGAAAAGGAAGGAAUGAAGAAAAUCCAGUAAAGUUGAGCUGUCUUUUCUUCAUGUAACUCUUCGUACAGAGAUGAAGUCUGCAGCAGUGCGGGGACCUUAAAACAAAACGUGGCAACCAAUUAAUUUCAGAUAACUUUUUGUCUUCAGUAUAUUAAGUAAGUGCUUUUCUGUAUGAAAGAAAAUUAUAGCUGACUGUAACAAAACUGUUAUAAGUAUCCAAGUGUGUGUAGUGUAUGGCACAUGUUUUCUUCUGUUCUCAUUUUUCUUCUAAGCAGAAGUGUUAUGUCUUGGUUGAUACAGCUGACCUUGAAAUAAAAUUUACUCUUCAAAUAAAGCA